AUGAGGCUGAAUCCAGCCAAGUGUACUUUUGGGGUAACCGCCGGCAAAUUCUUGGGCUUCAUGCUGACUGCUCGCGGCAUAGAGGCCAACCCGGACAAAUGCGCAGCCGUCCUGGAUAUGAGAAGCCCUGUCAGUCUCAAAGAAAUCCAGAGAUUGGUGGGUCGACUCACCUCCUUGUCUAGGUUCAUUCCCAAACUUCCCGAGCGUAUACAACUGAUCGUCAAGAGAAUGAAGAAAGGAGCCAGCGUCGAAGGAUGGGAUGCCAAGUGCAAGCAGGCAUUUUUGGAGGUUAAGGGUGUCUUGACCAACCCUCUAGUCAUGAACAAACCAUGGCCGGGGGAGGAGUUGCAAAUUUACCUAGGCGUGUCGCCAACCGCAAUUAGCGCCGCGCUAGUACAAGAGAAGCCAGAGCCCCGACUAAUCUACUUCAUCAACCGGGUACUACAAGAUGCCGAGACGCGUUAUCAACAGGUGGAAAUGGUGGUACUGGCCCUCCUCAACGCGGCCAGAAGACUCUGUCCUUACUUCCAAAGUCACCAGGUGGUCAUUCGAACAGACCAUCCAAUAUCCAAGAUUCUGAGGAAGCCUGAUAUGGCCGGAUGGAUGGUCAGUUGGGCGGUAGAGUUGUCACAGUUUGGGUUAAGGUUCGAACCCCGAGGACCGGUUAGAGGUCAGCACCUGACUGACUUCGCCGUAGAGUUGCCACAAACUCCCGAUCUAGGCGAGUGGAAUUUAUACGUCGAUGGGGCCUCCGGAAGGGCACGAGGGGGUGCAGGCAUAGUCCUCGAAGGACCGGACGACUUCCUGCUGGAACACUCCCUUGUAUUCAAGUUUAAGGCAUCCAAUAACAAGGCCAAAUAUGAGGCCCUAAUAGCUGGUCUUGCCCUGGCUAAUGAUAUGGGGGCACACCGACUUACCUAUCGUAAGGACUCCCAGCUCGUCGUCAGACAGAUGAAGGACGAAUUUCAGAUGAAGGAUGAACACCUCCUCAAGUACUUCCAUAAAGCCCGGAAUUUGCUUGAAAAGGUUGAGAAGGUAGAUAUUAAACAUAUCCCGCGGGAGGAGAAUGUCCGGGUGAACAUGCUGUCAAAGCUUAGUAGCGGGAAAGAAAAGGGCCACCUGACAACCCUAUUCCGGCAAGUGCUGUCAAAGCCUUCGGUUGAGUGCCUAGUUAUCGACACGGGCAACGGGGAGGAUUGGCGUAGCGAAAUUCGCAAAUUGAUGCAAGAUCAAGACAACGGACACCCGGUUCAACCAGCGGACGCCCGUAAAAUUUCAAGAUAUGUCAUCAUAGGAGACGACCUCUACAACAGGGGAUUUUCAACCCCUCUUCUGAAAUGUCUGGCUCGGCCGGAGGCACAAUACAUGUUGGAUGAGCUUCACAAUGGUAUAUGCGGUUUCCACACCGGCAGGCGCGUACUGAAGGCCCGCACUGUCCGAGCUGGUUAUUAUUGGCCGACGAUGGAGGAAGAAGCUAGGGACUUUGUUUGGAAGUGUAGAAAAUGCCAAGCCCACGCUAAUAUUCUAUAG